AUGCCCAGUGGAACCGUUCCCGGGACGGUGAUCAUCCAGAUCCUGCCGAGCUAUGUCACGUUGACACAGGUGCUGACCGGCUCAGGUACCGCACCCGUAACCCUGACUGUCCCCCCGAGCGGUGCGGUUCCCGGAUCGGUUAUUGUCCAGACGCCGCCGGUCACCACUCCGUACGUGACCGUCUACCAGAUCCUGAGUGGCACAAACACAGUCGUCUCUACAUUUACAGUGCCGAGCAACGGCACUAUCCCUGGUAGCAUCGUUAUCCAAACACCCCCGUCGUACAUAACAACGACGGUCCCCUAUCCUGGCACAAUAACGAGCGCCGUCACCACCACUGUUCCGCCUACUGGGACUACUCCCGGCACUGUUCUUGUGCAAACGCCGGCUUUUUCGGCGGGCGCAAACUGCAAGAUAAAGCCUAGUUGUGCCCCAUCUGGCGUUUCCAUUUAUAGCUACCCCAAUCCGUGGUGUUCCGGGUUUGCCUUUGGCACAGUAUCACCUUCCUCCUAUUUAACAAACGCCCUGCAACCGAUUGCUUCUAACGUGACCAACGUAACGUCGAUCCCCAUGGACACGACUUAUGGUACGCUCCCCCACACAAAUGAUGUUUGCAGUUCCGUUUACUACUACAUCAACUACACUCGCGUCCUUGGCGGCAUACUCGUCAACGGCAAUAACUUCACGCUGGUCAUGGAAGGCUUUUACAGGGCCCCUGUUUCGGGAUCGUAUUCCGUCUGUCUUACCUUGGUCGACGACGGAGAAGCUGUGUAUAUUGGUGAGGGCAGUGCGUUUAGUUGCGUGAAUGGUCAAGCUUUUGCCGCUGCCUCGCCGGUGCUCAAUGUGCCUUGGUUAACCCCUUCACAUGGAGGAUGCACAACUGUAUCCAUGACACAAGGGCUCUUCUAUCCUAUCAGAAUAGUAUUUGGUAAUGCUGUUGGUGUAGGAUACGGGACCUUGACGAUCCAACCUCCCGGAGGUGUAGCUACUAGAGAUUUCACAGGUCUGUUAUACCCGCCUAGUUGCGGCGAACUCUUGUAG